AUGAUAGAAUAGACAAGCAUUCAUCAUCUAAUAUAGGUGUGCAUCAUAGAUUGUUAUUAAGGAUCUAGUUAAUUAUACAGAACAUUCACGAUUACUAAAAUCUUGAAAAUAGAUGAUAUCUCCAUCAUAAUUUGGAUAUUCAUUUUAAUGUAUUUAAUAGGGCCAUUUUCGUAGCCUGUGUAUCUAUAGAGCAGUAAUAAAUUGAAUCAAAUUUGUCUUAUUGUUCAACAGUUCUUGUUUCAGAACUAGUAUUAUCAAUAUUAUAAACACUACUCUCUACAUCAUACUUAUUUAAUAAUAAUAACCUAACUAUAUCUAAUUAUAAUCUUAAUUAACUAUGAUUGCUCCAUUUUGACUAUUUUUUACUGUGCAUAUAAUAAGUAUUAUAUUCUUAGUAUUACUAAUUCUAACAAUAUUGGCAUCUACUUUGAAAUUGCUUAUUCUUUGGAGAUAUUCAAAUCACCUUUACUAAUUCAUUUUACUAAUAUUCCUUUUUCCAAUGUUAUUUUUAUCAUUACCCAUCAAUCGCAUUCUUCAAAUUAUGUUAUUUUCAUAUCA